GGACGCAGAUCUGGCAACGCCAGCACACGAGCAUAAGGAAGUAAAAAAGAAGAAACAAACGUAGUGUGGCAGUGCAGAAAGAAGACGUGUGAAGUAAUGACGUGUGUGCGGAAGAACAAACAGUUUUUUUCAUUUAUAUAUAUUUUUUUUGUAAUUUAAUUAAUUAGUUUUGAUUCUAAUAAAAAGGAAUCCUACAAAUUGGGGGCUCAACAGGGAUUUGAAUUUCCGGCAAUUGUGAAAUUCAGUCUACACAAUGACUUGCUUAAAUGACUUCGUAAGCAGCAGCCUGCGCAGUAGCAGCAAAAACAUAAUAAUAGCGUUGCAUAAAUUUAUAUACCAAGAAGAAGGUGAUAGAAAUAAUCGAAAGAGAUUGAGAGAAUUUUCUGGAUUCGAUUACGACGAAAAUGACAAGGCGUAUGCAAGCAAAUGCGAAUAUAUUAAAAAUAAUUUGACUGAACGUGAUUUGGUUUCAAUUUGUAUUGUACUAAAUAUAAGUUAUUGUGUUAAAGAUGUACAACUGCACAUAUUUCGAAAUCUACGUAAAAAUUUUUUGUUGUCCGAAAACGCAAACGACGAUGAAUGUAAUGACGAAGAAGGAGAUGAAGAAGUCGAUGAUGAUGAUGACGAAGAAGGAGAUGAAGAAGUCGAUGAUGACGUUGACAGUAAACGCACUUUCAGAGGCAAUGAACGCGAGUUUAAAAAAUCUCGUGACGAUAAUGGCAAUAAAAUGUUUGAAGUGGAUGAUAAUAAUAAAGCAGCAGCGUACACACGUACAAAAUUUUUACAAAGAGAAGCACCAAAAUUUGCAAUGAACUUUCGCGAUAUAGAGGACUCAAUUAGACCAUUUGAUGGCACAAAUAUCAUUUCGGUAGAAAGGUGGAUUGAAGAAUUCGAGGAACAAGCUGCACUAAUGUGUUGGGAUGGGUUUCAAAAACUAGUGUUUGCAAAAAAAUCUCUUAGAGGCAUUGCUAAACUUUUUAUUUUGAGUGAAAGAGGUUUAAAUUCGUGGUGUGCUUUAAAACACGCCCUGUUAAAUGAGUUUCGAACAACAACAAAUAGCGCACAAUUGCAUAAGCAACUUAGUGCUCGCAAAAUAAAAAAAGAUGAAAAUGUGUUUGAAUAUUUUUAUCAAAUGAAAGAUAUCGCAUCUCGCGGCAAUAUCGAAGACGAAGCGCUGAUUCAGUAUAUAAUAGAUGGAAUUAGAGACGGUUAUGUAAAUAAAAUGAUACUAUAUGGUGCAAAGAACCUUAAUGAAUUUAAAGACAAAUUAAGAUCAUAUGAAACAAUGUGUGAAAAAAGUAAGCAAGUUAACGAUUUUAAACAAAGCGAAAAGAAAAGUUUCUCAACAAAUAAAACAGAAGUGAAAUGCUACAAUUGUGGUGAAAAGGGACAUUUGUCCAUGAAUUGCAAAAAUAAAAAUCGAGGUACUAAAUGCUUUAAGUGCAACCAGUACGGACAUAUUUCUAAAAACUGUGAACAAGCCGAAAACAAAAUAAAUACGCGCAGUUUACAGCAAAAAAACAAUUUAACUACCAAAUCCAUUUUUAUUGGCAAUUUACAGUGCGCAGCCCUAUUCGAUACAGGCAGUAAAUUUAAUAUAAUUCGCGAAGACUUAUACAACAAGUUGAAUAAGCCUAUCUUAGAAAAAUGUAACGUAUGUUUAAUUGGUUUCGGUAGUGAUCGCAAUUCAAAUAGGAUUAAACCAAUUGGACAUUUUAAAAACUUAAUUAAAAUUGACGAUAAUGAGUUCAUAUUAGAUUUUUAUGUCGUUCCAAUUCGGUGCAUGGACUUACAAGUGAUCAUUGGCGAAGAACUAUGCUUAUACGCUGAAAUUUUAUUUAAUCGUGAUGGUAUAAACGUUCGUAAAAUCCUCGACGAAGACGAUCCCAUAGACGAAGAAGCUAAAAUAAUGAAAAUUGACUUAGUAAAUGACAACAAAACGAUUGAUAUCGACAAAACCGCUAGUGAGAAUGCGAGACGACAGGUACGUGAAAUGAUCAUAAAUUAUCAGCCGAAUCAAUGUAAAACAACACAAGUGGCGAUGUACAUAGUGCUCAAAGACGAAACACCCAUUUAUUCCAGGCCGCGUAGAUUACCGUUCACGGAGAGAUGCAUUGUGGAUGAGCAAGUGGAACAGUGGUUGAAAAGUGGUGUAAUUGAACGAUCGGAGUCAGAAUUCAGUAGCCCAGUUGUAUUGAUAAAAAAACGCGACGGUACACCACGCUUGUGUAUUGACUUUAGAAGAAUUAAUAAAGUAUUGGUGAAAGACCGUUUUCCGUUGCCACUAAUAGAAGACCAACUCGAUCGGCUACAAAGUGGUAAGGUGUUCAGUACAAUUGACUUAAAGAAUGGAUUUUUCCAUGUGCCCGUGGCAGAAUUAUGUCGUAAAUACACGUCAUUUGUUACACAUAAUGGACAAUAUCAAUUCUGUAGAGUGCCAUUUGGAUUGUCGAACUCACCAGGUGUUUUUCAAAGACAUAUAAACGCGAUAUUUCGUGAAUUAACUAAUGAAGGUAUAGCUUUACCAUACGUUGAUGAUAUCAUUAUACCCGCAGCAAAUGAAGAACAAGCCGUACAAAACCUAAAAGUUGUAUUACAGCGGUGUGCAGACUUUGGACUUGAAUUGAAUUUUAAAAAAUGCAAGUUUCUAAUGAGAAAAGUGGAAUUUCUAGGGCACACAAUACAAGAUCAAAAAAUAUCACCGUCAGAAGUUAAGGUUGAAGCUCUACGCAAAUACAAAUUGCCGCAAACAUUAAAACAAUUGGAAAGUUUUCUUGGGUUGGCGAGUUAUUUUAGAAAAUUCAUACCUAAAUUCUCGCUAAUUGCCAAGCCUUUAACAGAUUUAAGGAAACAAAAUGUGAAAUUUGAAAUAAAAGAUGAACAGAUUACUGCAUUUAAUACGUUGAAGACCAUCUUAAGCGAAAAACCGGUACUAAACAUUUUUAAUCAAAAAUCUGAAACGGAAGUGCAUACAGAUGCUUCGAUAGAAGGAUAUGGAGCCGUUUUAUUGCAAAAAUCACCAGACGACGAACAAUGGCAUCCUGUGUAUUAUAUGAGUAAAAAAACCACUGACGCACAAAGAAAAUAUACAAGUUACGAACUAGAAAUAUUGGCUGUUAUUGAAGCUUUCAAAAAGUUUAGAGUAUACAUUCUGGGUAUGCAUUUUAAGCUCGUUACUGAUUGUAACGCAUUUGCGAUGACAUUGGGAAAGAAAGACUUGUGCACGAGAGUAGCCCGUUGGAUAUUGUUCUUAGAGGAGUACGAUUACGAAGUUCAGCAUCGUGUUGGUUCGCGAAUGAAGCAUGUUGAUGCUUUAAGCCGCUACGCCGUUAUGUGCAUAGAUGAAGAUAAUAUUCUUUCUAAAAUACGGAGAGCACAGAUGCAAGACGAAAACCUGAAAACGAUAUCGGAUAUUCUACAAGAAAAAUCUUCAUACAACGAUUAUUUUAAGAAAGGAGAGUUGUUGUAUAAGCUGAGAAAUGACCAAGAACUUAUUGUUGUACCUAAGAGUAUGCAGCGUGAAAUAAUUAGACAUGCACAUGAAAAGGGACAUUUUGCCGUAAAAAAAAACAAGUGA